AUGCCUGUCACAUACAACUACGAAUAUAAAUCCACCGAGUCUUCCUCAAACCCACAGGGUUCCUCCUCCCGCACUGUUCACACCACCCCGUCCGGUACCACCGUCAGCAGCACCCAACAGCCCGCCGGUGGACAAGCAUCCACCCAAACUCAACACUAUCCCGCCGGUGGUAGCCAGGGCUCCGAACCUGGGAGAUUGUCAAGGGAAGAAGCUGAGAGGAGGUAUUUGGAAGCUAUGGAGGAUGAAUAUGCGAAGAGGGAGGGUGGUGCUUAA